GGGGAGGGGCCUCAGCCAGGACUGCACACCGAGUCCACCUUGGAGGAGGCCCGGGUCCUCCCAAGGUACUCGCGUCCGGGUGGUGGAUCGGAUUCGCUGCAGAGCCCUGGCAGCUGCCUGCCCUUCGCCCUGUGCUUAACCAGAGGUGCCCACGGGUUGGACAAUGAGGCUGGCCACAGCAGCACUGUUACUGGGUGUCGUGGCGGUGCUCACUGGAGAUGAGAACAAGAAUGACUUGUGUGCCCACAGGGCCCUCUUGGAUGAGGACACUGUCCUGUGCCAGGGCCUUGAAGUUUUCUACCCCGAGUUGGGGAGCAUUGGCUGCAUGAUAGUUCCUGACUGCAACGACUACAGACAGAAGAUCACCUCCUGGACGGAGCCAAGAGUCAAGUUCCCGCAGGCUGUGGAUGGUGCGACCUAUGUCCUGGUGAUGGUGGAUCCAGAUGCCCCUAGCAGAGCAGAACCUAGACAGAGAUUCUGGAGACACUGGCUGGUAGCAGAUAUCAAGGGUGCUGACCUGAAGAAAGGGAAGAUUCAGGGCCAGGAGUUAUCAGCCUACCAGCCUCCCUCCCCACCAGCACACAGCGGCUUCCAUCGCUACCAGUUCUUCGUCUACCUUCAGGAAGGAAAAGUCAUCUCUCUCCUUCCCAAGGAAAACAAAACUAGAGGCUCUUGGAAAAUGGACAGAUUUCUGAACCGCUUCCACCUGGGCGAACCUGAAGCAAGCACCCAGUUCAUGACCCAGAACUACCAGGACUCGACAACCCUCCAGGCUCCCAGAGGAGGGGCCAGCGAGCCCAAGCACAAACGCAAGCGGAGAUAACUGCCUGCUAAACAGCACGCUUCGCUGUCCAGGUGCGUGUCACACUGCCCGCCACCGACAGUGUGGGUACGGAACCCCCUCUGGAUAUGGAACCCCUUCUCUUCCAAAUUAAAAAAAAAAAUCAUCCAGGG